GGCGGCACGGCCCAGGCCUUCUCCCGGCGUGCGUCGGCUCUGCCGGCGGCAGAGGAAUUCUGGGUAACGACCGUGGCCAGCCGGGCGGCUGGCUCCGCCCAGCAGGUUCUACUCACGCCGGAGCAGUUGGCGGUGGCGGUUGUCGGGCCCGGAGCAGCGGGACAUGGAGCAGCCGUGGCCGCCGCCGGGCCCCUGGAGCUUCCCGAGGACUGACGGGCAGGCCGAGGAGGAGAGCGACUUGGACGUGUCCCCCUCUUCGUCCCACUACCCGCCGGUGUCUGGCGGCGGCGCCCAGAUGUAUAGCGAUGGGAUUGAGCUGGCUUGCCAAAGGCAGAAAGAAUUUGUGAAGAGCUCUGUGGCGUGCAAAUGGAAUCUUGCUGAAGCCCAGCAGAAACUUGGCAGCUUAGCACUGCAUAACUCUGAGUCCUUGGAUCAGGAACAUGCCAAAGCACAGACCGCAGUGUCAGAACUGAGGCAGCGAGAAGAAGAAUGGCGACAGAAAGAGGAGGCUCUGGUCCAAAGAGAGAGGAUGUGUCUGUGGAACAUGGAUGCAAUUAGCAAAGAUGUUUUUAAUAAGAGUUUUAUUAAUCAAGAUAAAAGAAAAACAGAAGAUGAAGAUAAAUCGCAAUCAUUUAUGCAGAAAUAUGAGCAAAAAAUUCGACAUUUUGGUAUGUUGAGUCGGUGGGACGAUAGUCAGAGAUUUCUGUCUGACCACCCAUACCUUGUAUGCGAAGAAACUGCUAAAUAUCUUAUUUUAUGGUGUUUUCACCUGGAAGCUGAGCAGAAAGGUGCUUUAAUGGAACAAAUAGCACAUCAAGCUGUGGUAAUGCAGUUUAUCAUGGAAAUGGCCAAAAACUGUAAUGUGGAUCCAAGAGGCUGUUUUCGUUUGUUUUUCCAGAAAGCCAAAGCAGAGGAAGAAGGUUAUUUUGAAGCAUUCAAAAAUGAACUUGAAGCUUUCAAGUCAAGAGUAAGACUUUAUGCCCAAUCACAGAGCUUUCAAUCUGUGACAGUUCAGAAUCAUGUUCCCCAUUCUAGUGUUGGAUGCGUAGGCUCCUUAGACUCCUUAUCACAGAAUCCAGAUCCUCUUCAGUGUCCUGUCAGCACAGCCCUCUGCAGUUUAAACUCAGAGGCACAGAAAGAAGACGAGGACAGAAUGAUGGACACUGUGUGAUUCAGUUAGGACUGCUGAGGCCAAGGACUAUUUUGUUACAAGAAGGAAGAGCUUGGCUAUUUUCUUGACACUUUUAUGGGUGCUGCACUUUAUUUUGUUCAAUUUUUGAUGGGAGGGAAAAGAGUACUGAAAUGUUUUGCAACUUUUUUUAUGUGCUGCUAGGGUUUUUGUUGUUUUGUUUUGUUUCUGAAGGGAGGAGCGGUACCAUAUGUUGCAGGAAGUCAAACUGGACUCUUCCCCCACCCCUCAGUUACUAAAUUUGCCUUUAACUGUUGUUAAUUUUGGAAUCAAAGUAUGAAAAUCUGCACAAUGCAAUGUUUACAAGACUGGUUGACCGAGGAGGCAUCUGCUACAGAGUUGUAACGCGGAUACGUACAUGUCCUGCUUCACGGAGAGAAUUCAGAGAACAGUGUGCUUGUGUCCCACUGCAAAGUUCAGCUGUCACAUCUGGUGUUCAUCACAUUAAAAGCAAUAAAUCGGUAGUGGUAACCUACUUUACUAAUCUGUAAACUGGAUGACACAAAUUAUUGUUUUAAGGUAAUAUUUACAUUUGUAUUUUCGACACCACCAGUUAACUCCUUGACUAUAAAUUGGAUAUUAAAAACAUGACAGUUAUCCCUCAAGUAGUUUGAGAACUGUUGAGAGGUGAGAUGACUUUGUCCUGAUGACUGUUAACUAUUAAGGAGUGUAGCGUGUGUAGAGAGCGAUACAGUUCUGUUUUCCAACAAGAUGGACUGCAAGCGUACUCUGACUUCUUUACUUGACAUAGUCUGGGACCUCUCAGGGAGUAAGUUUUGAAGAAUAGUAACGGCCUGUGAGAACAAACAGGAGGAGUAAGGUCAUUGUUAAGUCACCGUUAUUGUGUGUUUCCCUCUGGUGAAGCCUGGAGAAAUGGAGAGCUAAGCUGCCUUGAGCUGCCGACCAUGUCUGAGAAUUUGGUAACAGUCACCCUCGGUGUGGUGGGUGUCACUCCAGCUGUUACUCGCUUCUAGCUCAGUUCCGAUGCUUCUGAGCUUUACUUCUUCCUAUGUAAGUCACUGCAGAUCCACCAGGAUGUUUGAUGAUUCUUUUUAUUUAGAAUUAGAUGACAGUGCCAAUUAUGAUAUCCUUAUUAUUUGAGGAUUAAUCUUCCGACUUACAGGAGCAUUAUAGUUGAGUGUAAUCUUUGGCUCAGUACCCACUUCAAUUUGUAGCAAAUAUUUGGAAAGUGGGUGUUUGGGGUUGGGAAUGCAGGUCUCAGUUUGAGUAAGGAAAUCAUGCUGAGCUGCUGCAGGGGUCACAGCUGUGACCUCAGCUCCAUCUGCCUUUUCAGCCAGUGGUGCUGACGUAGGUGAUGGGGUGCCCAGUACUUGUGGAAAUGGACUGGAAUCGUUGAAUCAUAUUCCUGUAAUGUCAAUCUUCCUGGUUCCCAGAAUAAAAGUCUUUUUGUGCUUUUGAUAUAAAAAUAUAUACUCUAUAAUAAAAUGUUUGACUAAUUUAUAUGGUAGUGCUCACUGGCUUGUAAUUUUUUUAAUCAGUGACCUAAUCAUGGAAGAUUUUUUUGUUUCUGUUGUAUUUUGUUGUUGCAUUCUCUUCUUUUUUCUUCUUGUCUGAGCAUGGUCUCAGUUACCCUCUUCACACCAAACAGACAGACAGACAGACGAAUCCAAGUGCUGCUGGGCUGACAGGUUUCCACGUCGACGUCACUCUUGUGCCCACACUUGUCUGCCUCUGUGUUCAGUCAAAUGGUUGUGACUUUCAUUUUUGCCCUCUAUAAUUUAAACUCUUAAUGCCCAAGAACUGGUGACAAAAAAGUAAUAACAAAGUGAGUAUAUAGUUAAAGUUUUCUAAGACAAAAAUUGGUUAAGAAAAAAAGACUUUUGACAUUUGACUAGAAUUUUUUUUUUCCCAAAGGAAAAAAGGGUAAUUGGUUUGUUUGGGGGAACCACUAAUGAUGUCAUAAUUUUCACUUAAGGAUGGUAACUUAGUCAUUGGCAGGUCUUUAGUAUUACAGCAGUAGAUUGGGCUGGGUGUGGUAGCACAUGGCUUUAAUCCCAGCACUUGGGGGAGGCAGAGGGGAGUGGAUCUCUGAGUUAGAGGACAGUCUAGUCUACAUAGAGAGUCCCUGUCUCAAAAAAACAAAACAAAAUGACAGUAUAUUUGCGUCCUUUUAUUUCCUUCACUUUGAAAAUGUCCUUAGUAUUGAGAGCUGGCUAUCUCUUACCAAAAUAAUUGGUACAAAUUUUUACAAAAAAAUACAAAUUCCUCUCUCGUUUUCUUAAGAAGUAGUAAAGAAUAGUAAUAUUUAGCAAAUAGAUAAUUCAUAUUUAGGUUAGAAAAUUUUUCCCUAAUCUAUGGAAUCUAUGUUCAAACUGAGCAGCAAAAAAAUACUUGACAUCAAAAUAAUCAACAAAGACUGUUGUUUUACUUGGUAAAUUUUAUGUGUUAUUUAAUAAAAUAUUUUUUUUUAAAUGAAA